GCCAGCGUGGACGCCCUGGUCCGUUAGUGCACUCUGAUCGGUGUCCAGAAGUGUCCCACAAUGCCUGUGCUAGCCUCUCUGGUCAUCACUUUGAACUCUACUGCCCUGCCCUCAGAUGCAACCUUGAGAUCUCAGGGGUCCGUGUUAUCACUGGCCAAAAGACUCCGAAGAAUCAGAAAGAUACCACGUAGAAGCAAGGAAGACAUGUUGCAUGAAGUAAUGCAGCAUUCAAGUAAUGAAAAUCAAAAAGUGCAGGAGUGGCGGGACAGUGAAAGGAGGAUCAGCCAGCAGAAUGAGGGGCGCCAGCACAAAAGUGCGGUGCUCCGGCGGCAAAGCACGGAUCAGCUGAUAAGCAUAAUGGAGCGCCAAGCGGACUCGAUCCAGGAGCUUGUAGCCAUGCAGGUGGAACACUACCAUGCCCGCCCCCCCCCCGCAGCCUUUGUCGCAAAACUCUUUUCCUUGUGCCCCCAUGUCACCUCUGUGGCAAAUGAUGGGUCUUGCGCUUUGGGGGGGGGGUCGGCCGCCGCUGUGCGCGCCAACUACCGCGACCCCGCCCCCUGCGCCCUGCGUCACCGCGCCGCCGCGCCCACUCCCAGGUCACGUGUCGGGGAUUCGCCCUUGACCCGCCCGGUGGUGAUGCGCUGGGUUCCCCGCCUAUGCGUGAGGGCCCGCCUCGACACCACGUGA